GGUGCGACAGUCGCCGUGACAUUUCGCUCGCGGGCCUCGCGGCGGCGGCGGCGACGGCGGUCCGUCCGUUUGUUAAUCGAUCAUUCCGGGGGGAGUCGGUGCCGUGGAACCGCGGAUUCAGGAUCGUACGUGCACGAUCGCUCGUUGGGGGGACGACCUCGAACGGGGAGUCAAUCGCGGGAGGAACGCGGACCGCGAGUCAGCGAGCGGGAUCGGCGCGCGGCGCGUGUUAUCGCACGCACGUUAACUCCCGCACGCAAUACGAUUAAACGUCAAACGGUGCGCGACCGCGAGGAGUUAUGUUAGUUGCCAGGCGGCGAGGCGAGUGCGCGCGCGAAUCUCCCCGCCGCGCCGUGAACCCGUGUCUCGUUUCCCAGCCAGGCUCGCUGCCACUGGCUCAGUACUGAGCAUCUCCUCGCGGAUUGUCGAGAUGCGACGGUGAUCGUCGACACGCGACGACACGACAGUCCCGCUGUGCGACGUCCCGCGACCGAGAGAGGAUCGCCCCACCGCCGACGAGGAGGUGGUGGUCAGGGAGGAAACAGAUCUCGCGGGCGGACGACGUCCCCGGAGACGACACGCCGGAGCUAUGACGAGAUAACAGAUGCAGAAUGAGACGCAGCAGCAGCGGUAACCUAUUCGGUUACGCGGUCCUCACCUUCACCCUCACUCGCCUCAAGGUACAUGCAGAAGGUGGAGUUGCUUGCAAAGACCAGCAUGGGCACUCUUACGAAAGCGGCUAUCAUUAUAUCCCGGGACCCGAACCGUGUACCUUCUGCGUUUGUGAUAAUGGCAAUCCAAAGUGGUGUAAAGCAUUCAUUUGCAAAUUUCUCGAGGAGAAUUGCAAGUCUUUCCGGCGAGGUAAUACCUGCUGCGAGUUCAUUUGCCUGGACGACACUCUGUCACCGAUGUCUAACGACAAGGCCGACGAAGCGGGAACUAACGCGAUAGACGGAAACGCGAAUUACGAUAUUGGGCUGCGAUCGGUCGCCAGUUUCGUGACAGCAAUAUUUUCACUGAGUCUGUUAUUCUUUCUGAUACACCGUCUACGCCAGCGUAAGAUACAAGUUUGUGUGGCAGGUCGAGAAAAUAGACAACUUGGAGAGGACCAAAGAAGCUUAGGUAAUAUGGGAUACUUGGAGAGAGGCGGAUUACCUCACGGGGUCCCCAUGGACGACAUACCUUGCGGGACAGGUUACUCAUUAUGGAAACCACCUGGCAGCAAUUACUUCCCGCGUGGCGAGGCACCGCCGCCCUAUGAGGAGGCUAUCGCGGCUGCGAGGGCGGAACAGGCGUUGCUAUCGAUGAACCCGCACACGUUGCUGUCGAUGAACUUCUCGGACAACUACAUGCCGAACGGCAACAAUCACGCAAGCGUCGCGGUUGUCGCGGACACGCAAAACGACUUGACCGCGAACACGCAAGCGUCAACCAUCAAUGACAGCAACAUACAUACACCCUUGAUGUCGUCGUCCAGCAGACCGCUGUCCAGUCCCAGUACGUACGCUGGCGGUUAUCGGCCAAUAAGCCAGAGCAGCGCGUCGUCCACCGUCGGUCUGAACACGAGCACUUCCACCACGAGUUUCACAAUGGAGACGAAUACGUACGAGAAUCUACCGGUCGCGUCGGUCGCUAUGACGAGUUUCAACCACGACAGCCAGCACUCCGCGAUGACCAGCACCAGUACGCAGCCGCUACUACCGAUAUCGCAUUCUACCAUACCUAAGAGCUAUCGUCAGCACACGACGAUGUUCCCGCGUCAGAGCGGCGGCGGCGGCGGCGGCGGUGGCGGCAGCGGCAGCGGCAGUGGCGCGUUCACGAUAUCGGCGACUCUGUCGAAUUCGGACGUGUCCUCCCAUCGCACGAUCCCGCGAACGUUGACUUGCGUCACCGGCAGAGCUAAGGACGUCCUGACCGAUUGCUCGGCGAGAGACUAUCUCCGCUUGUCACCGAGCAGCAUCGCGGCGUCUCAGAGCCUCUCGCGUCCCAUGCAGUUAUCCGCAGCCGCGGUCACGACCUCGGAUACUUACAAAAGCACCAAAGACUCGGACGCGUUUUACACGGGUUCGUCGACAGCUCCGGUGGCGUCGGCGUCCGGGCUAGGGCAGUUGGACACGUACACCGCGGAUACGGCUAAUGUAUCCGAGCGGACUCGCGAGUACACGCCUUCGCUAAGCGUAGCGAACGAGAUCAAUGCGAGUGGCAGUUUCGAGUCGGUGACGUGUACCUGCAGCAUGCAAGCGUUACCCACUUUGCACGACGACACGGACGAUUAUCGGAGCGAAUGCGAGAACUGUAAGAGCGCGACCGGUUCCCGUUACUACUUGGACAACGAGGACGAGCUCGUUACAUCUCUUCACGAAACCAUGACGUUGCACAGAAGGCCGGACGAAGCAGCUUCAAGUGCCACACCACAGUAUUAUAGAACUUCACUUACACUGCCGACAAGUACACGCCAACGUACAAGUGUCUUUAUGUCCAGGAUUACCGGGGCUCGUGAAAAUUGGUUCAACACUAUGCCAGAAAGUUCUAGCGGAUCUUCGGACGAAAAUUAAGUAUUACG